GGAUGGAUGGAUGGAUGGUUUUAGGAUCAGUGUAUUUUUGUCUUGUAAUUUUGGUUCUGGUCAUCAUCAGAUGUUAUUACUCUCUGAAAACUGUUUUUCACCUUUAAAACUGAUUUGUUUUUAAGUUCUGUUAUUUGAUAAGAACCUCAGCUUGUCUGAAUGAAGAAGGGUAAUUAUCCAAUCUGUUUGUCUGCAGAACCUCACACAGCACAGACAAGAUGAGGCUUCUUCUUGUCUGUGUUUUCUGUCUGAUGGCUCCUACAGCAUACAGCCAAGUCCAGUGUCCUUGUCCUGAAUGUAUAAAAGGAGAUACAUCAAUACCUGGUUGCAGUGAACUAUCAGGACCACCAGGACAGGAAGGAUCGCAAGGAAUGCCAGGACCACGAAAACCACGAGAACUGCCAGGACCAAAGGGAUCAGCAGGACCACCUGGACCAGUAGGUCCACCAGGUCCAGCAGGUUCACAAGGUCCAGCAGGUCCACCAGGUCCAGCAGGUCUAACAGGUUUUCCAGGUCCACGAGGUCCACCAGGUCCAGUAGGUCUAAAAGGUUUUCCAGGUCCACGAGGUCCAGCAGGUCCAGCAGGUCCAACAGGUCCARCAGGUCCACCAAGUACACCAGGACCAUGGGGACAAAAGGGAGAAGUGGGACCCCCAGGAUUCCCAGGAAUCCAAGGAUUCCCAGGACCCCCAGGACCAGUUGCUAUGUGUGGACCAGAUGUGUUUGGUUUUAUGAAACGUGACAUUGAAACAGUGAAGAUGACGACUGCAAAGUUGGAGCUGGCUGCAAGCUUUGACUUUAUGCGGAAGGUGGGUGAGAAAUACUUUGUGUCCAACAAGGAAAGAGGCUCUUUUUCAAAAGCUGCAGAGUUCUGCUCCCAACAAGCCUUGGAGCUGGCUCUGCCUCAGAGUGACCAGGAGAACAACAUUCUGACUCAGCUGAUUGGUCAGGCUGAAAACACAGCCUGGAUCAAUGUCAACAAUAAGAAAGCAGAGGGCAACUUUGGGUCUGACAUGAAGAAUCGACCUCUGACCUUUACCAACUGGGGAGAAGGAGAACCUGAUGGAAACAUCCAGGAUACAGGCUGCACCAUGGUGUCUGAGAGGGGGAUCUGGAGAGUGACACAUGACUGCUCUCUGAACGCUCACAUCAUCUGUCAGAUGUAGAAAGCUCUGAAUGUCUUACACUGAUAUUAAUGUCAGAAAGUACGUGUUGCUAUACAAACAUAUGGUUUUAUGUUGAUGAAAUAAACCAAGAUGGCAAAUUAAAACUGGUUUGUGACAUCACAAACCAUUGGUGUUCUUCAGUUGUUUUGUUUUUUUA